AUGCUGCAACUAUAUAAGACCACCUUAUUAUACUUGCAUCAUGGGCCAAACAAUUCGAUUUGUUAUGGCCGCCCAGUAAUUAAGUUCAACUGUAGCCGGAAUAAGCCAAGGAUCUACAUAGAAAUGGACAAAUUAGAUUCGCGUUGUCGCAUUUGUCUUGUGGAUGACGAGGAGGAGUCUCUCAUAGCCACAGGCGUGGAUUUUUGCGAACAAAUCAAAUGCUUCACGGGCAUUCAGUUAAGCGAAGGCCCCAACUGGCCAAAGAAAAUAUGCAUUGGCUGCGCAUUACUCAUUCGAGCGGCUCGCAAGCUGCGCCUCCUCUGCCAGGAGUCUGAGAAAGAGUUCCGGCAGGAAGCAAAAAAGUAUGAUGUACCCAGUAAGUGCAGGGAGGAGAACUCGAUUGAUAGCGACACCGAAAUGGAGCCUGAGUAUCUGGACAACUAUGAGGCGUCCCACGGAUCGCCUAAGAGCACCACAGACAGUCAUUGCAGUGUGGAAAUUAGCAUUAAACUUGAUUCGCCCGCCUUAUCUGCUCCAGGGGAACUGGAACCGCCGUCUACGUUUGCCCCAGUGGAACAGGAAUCUCCGUCUGCUAUUGGUCCAGUGAAACGGAAACCUCCAUCUGCUGUUUCUCCCAUGAAACGGAAACCUCAGUCUACAGCUAUGCUGUCCCUCAGUCCCGUUGGCACUCCCACUCCCGAAACAGAGUCAAAAUCUAGCAAAAAUAAACGAUUUGCCUGCCACAUUUGCCCAAAUACCUACAAGGAGAAGGCCAAGCUGACGGUUCACAUGCUGGUUCACAAUAAGUUGAAGCGCCACGAAUGCGAGAUCUGCCACAAGCGCUUUAAUCAGACAACGCCGCUAAAGCGACACAUGAACACGCACACGGGUCUGCGUCCCUAUAAAUGUGAUUUCUGUGAUUCGAGCUUUGCUGAUCCCUCUACACGGAUCAAGCAUCAGCGCAUCCACACCAAUGAAAGGCCAUACAAGUGUACAUUUUGUAGCAGGGAAUUCGCGUACUCCAAUGUGCUCAGUGCGCACCUCAAAACGCAUACCAAUGAGAAGCCCUAUAAAUGUCAGCACUGCAAGCGUACGUUCAUCCAAGUGCAUCACAAGAAUGCGCACGAAAAGUCACAUCGGAUGAAGGACAUGGAUACCGUUACAGUGAUUGAAGUGGAGGAGGAGUAAUUGUGUGCACAUUGUAUGAGUAUUUCAGAGCAGCGUUUAUAGUACAACAAACAAUUUACAUACAUAGAUUUCUUUCAAGAUAGAUUCAUCUAUCGAUCCAUUCGAUAGGUGAGCAAGUACACAAUCUACGAAUAUUUACACUAGUUAUGUAGCCGAAGAUACAUUUCAUAAUUGUUACUUUUGCUAGUCAGAUUAUAAUAGGUUGACUCUUACUUUAAACUUAAGAUGAAACAAGUUACAGGCCUGUGUAAAUCUAUAAAACUGCGCAACUAAAAAACUUCUAAACCACAAAGUAAAUGAAAAAAAC